AUGAAAUUAUUCAAUCUCCCAUACCUUGCCUACUCUCGAAUCAUCACUUCAAUGAAUCCGAUCGAAGUGAUUUCUCUUUCAUUUUGCUCAAAAAGGACAAGGAAUAUAAUCAAACAAGUACGUUUUCCUGAUUCCUUGAAGAGGAUUUCUACAGAAGAACAUGAUCCAAAAGGUCCCGUGUUCCAAUUAGGGAAUACGAUAAAACAAUUUAUAUCGAUUCCAUUCCAACCUGCUCCGCGUCGGGCUCGAAGUGAAGGGAGAAGAUUUACAGGGACUAUAGAUGGAGUCAAACACUAUUUCAGAUCUAUUGACACCGAUGAUGCCUGUGUUCUUUACACUAGUAAUAUGAACAGUGGAUUCAAGAUAAUCAACUACUUUUUGGACUUAAUACGAGGAACUUUAGAUGAAUUAAUGUUGGAUUUUAAAGUGAUCAGUGAUCUGAAAGGAUUCAUGAGUGAACCAUGCAUGAAAUCACUUCAGAAAAUAGAAAUUGUUUCCGAUACCGUGUCUUCGGAGCAGUUAUCAGUUUUCUUCAAUAAUUUGAAAAUUACAGUUCCUGAAUUUCAAAUGAGAUCGAAAGUUGAAGGACCGAUGGAUCCAAAUCUGAGUUUUCUUCAAACAGACAGAUUGUAUCUAAAAUAUGGGAAAUGUGUUAAAAGAGAGCAUCUUCUCAGAAUGGAUGUGAAUUACAUGGUGGUGUUUAGGUCUAACCUUGAUAUUGAAUCAAUUUUUCAAUUUAUAAAACAUUGGAGAGAUGGAAACAAUAUGAGACUUACUGUAGCUAAGAUUCAAGGAAUAUCUGAAGAUGUUAUAAAUAAAGAUCGUUUUAUUUCUGAGUUCAAUGCAAAACCAUGGGAUCCAUCAAAACGAGACAAAUGCUAUACUUAUGAUAAAGACUUACUCCCAAACGACACACCUGAAGAUUGUUCAGAUGGAAUCGAUUUCGAAAGACAUGAUGGAUUGCUGGCAACAAUUCGAUUCAUGCCUUGUGUAAGAAUGUUUCUUUUCUUUGUUUGGCAUCAACGACGGCAUUCUGAGGAUGCGUGA